GUCUGGGUCUGGGUCUGGGUCUGGUCUGGGGGGGUGGGGGUCUGGAACAUCUAUUAUUCAUGCCGUGCGUUUGGGCAGUUGAAGGACCGGCUUGGCUGUGGCCUAGAUGAUAUUUAUAUGGAUUUAAAAAUGACAGCCUAGGUGGAGGAAGGAGGAGGAAGGAGGAGGAGGAGGAGGAGGAGUGUGGACCUUCCAGAUCCAGGACUGAGUGACACUAGGAUCCAGUCCAAGGAAAGCACUUACGCAAACACACAGCCAAAGGUCAGAGGUCAGAGGCUGAAGGUGGCUGAAGUAUGGGCUGUGCUUCAAGUAUCCAUAUCUCUGAUAGGGUGGUCUACCACAGCGGAAAAGAGUCCGAGGAGGCCCACUCCCCCCCCCAGCACACCAACACCACACAGCAGCAGCAGCAUCAAGGAAAUCCUGCCCCGGGACUACCCCUCAAACCCCCCAGCUGCAAGACCACGUUAACAGAGGUGCAAUUUGGACCAAUGAAGUUAUUUAAAGACCCACUUCAGGUACUUUUAGUUUUUGCCAAAGAGGACAGUCAGAGUAAUGGCUUCUGCUGGGCGUGUGAGAAGGCCAACUUCAGAUGCAGCGUGGCCCGAACGCCUGAAUCCGCCCUGGAAUGCUUCAUGGACAAGCAGCACGAUCUCGUCAUCAUCGACCACAGACAUUCCAGACACUUUGAUGCUGAAGCACUCUGUCGGUCAAUGAGAGCGCUCACCUCUGCAGAAAACACUGUGAUGGUCGCCGUGGUCAAAAGGCCAGACAGGGAAGAAGCCUCUGUGAUGCCUCUGAUCAACGCUGGCUUUAAUCGGAGGUUUGUGGAGAACUCCAACAUGAUGGCCUGUUAUAAUGAGCUGCUGCAGCUGGAACAUGGAGAGGUCCGUGCACAGGUCAAACUAAGGGCUGGAAACGCUAUUUUCAUGGCCUUAGAUCAGAGCCAGGAGGCCAUCGAGAUCACAUCUGAAGACCAGGUCAUCCAGUAUGUCAACCCUGCCUACGAGUCCAUCAUGGGAUACCAACCAGGAGAACUCUUAGGAAAGGAAAUCAUAGAAGUGCCUAAAAGUGAGAAGAAUAAACCUGACCUCCUUGAAACCAUCAACUCCUGCAUCCGCAAAGGAAAGGAGUGGCAGGGGAUUUAUUAUGCCAAAAAAAAGAAUGGCGACAGCGUUCAGCAAAAUGUGAAGAUCACACCUGUGAUUGGACAGGGAGGAAAAAUCAGACACUAUGUGUCUAUCAACAGGCCUUUAAACGAUAAUAAUAAGACUGAUAAACCAGGUGAUCGAGCCCAGGCUGAGUCUCAGACAGACAUUCAGUCCAAUAAGCACAAAGACAGAAGGAAAGGCUCUCUGGACGUCAGAUCCACCACAUCUAGAGGCAGUGAUGGGAGUUCCCAGCGCAGACACUCCUCCAUGGCUCGAAUCCACUCCAUGACCAUCGAAGCACCCAUCACUAAGGUCAUCAACAUCAUCAACGCGGCUCAGGAGAGCAGCCCCAUGCCGGUGGCCGAAGCCCUGGACCGGGUCCUGGAGAUCCUGAGGACCACUGAGCUCUACUCCCCUCAGCUGGGCACCAAGGACGAAGACCCCCACACCAACGACCUGGUGGGGGGGCUGAUGACGGACGGCUUACGCAGAUUAUCAGGAAACGAAUACAUCUUUUCUACAAAGCAGCCUCACCACAUCCCCUCCCACCUGACCACGCCCCUGUCGUUGAAUGACAUCCCCCCUCGCAUCGCCCAGACCAUGGAGAACGAGGACUCCUGGGACUUCGACAUUUUCAACUUGGAGGCCGCCACCAUGAAACGGCCUCUGACGUUCCUGGGCCUGAAGAUCUUCUCCCGCUUCGGGGUCUGUGAGUUCCUCAACUGCCCCGAGGCCACUUUACGCUCCUGGUUACAAGUGAUCGAAGCCAACUACCACUCCACCAACUCCUACCAUAACUCUUCUCACGCAGCCGACGUCCUGCACGCAACCGCGUAUUUUCUGUGCAAGGAGAGGGUCAAGCAAAGUCUGGAUCCCAUCGAUGAGGUGGCCGCUCUAAUUGCUGCCACCGUGCACGACGUGGACCACCCGGGACGCACCAACAGCUUCCUGUGCAACGCCGGCAGCGAGCUGGCCAUCCUCUAUAACGACACGGCGGUGCUGGAGAGUCACCACGCCGCGCUGGCCUUCCAGAUCACCACCAGAGACGACAAGUGCAAUAUCUUCAAGAACAUGGAAAGGAACGAGUACCGGACCCUGCGCCAGGCGAUCAUCGACAUGGUGUUGGCCACAGAGAUGACCAAACACUUCGAGCACGUCAACAAGUUUGUGAACAGCAUCAACAAACCUCUGGCAGCUGUGGAGGAGAACGGGGGAAACGGUGAUGAAGAAUCAGUCAAAAGCAUCCUGACGUCUCCUGAGAACCGCAUCCUGGUCAAACGGAUGCUCAUUAAGUGCGCAGACAUCUCCAACCCCUGUAGGCCUCAGGAACUGUGUAUUGAAUGGGCCGGACGCAUCUCUGAGGAGUACUUUGCACAGACCGACGAGGAGAAGAGACAAGGUCUGCCGGUGGUCAUGCCUGUGUUUGACAGGAACACCUGUAGCAUCCCCAAGUCCCAGAUUUCCUUCAUAGACUAUUUCAUCACAGACAUGUUUGAUGCAUGGGAUGCCUUUGCGGACCUCCCUAAUCUUAUGCAGCACUUGGACAAUAACUUCAAGUACUGGAAAGGCCUGGACGAGCGGAAGCUGCACAGCCUACGACCGCAUCCAGAGUAGGAGCUGAAGUAUGGGCCUCAGCAAACCAGGACCAGGACCAGGUCAGGUCAGGUCCAGGCCUCUUGUUGCCGCUCUCCUUCCCUGUGGGCCUACGGGGGUCCUGGCCUUCACACUCCUGCUUCUUCAGCGCUCUGAGCACGUCUGCACAUGUGGACCCCCCACAGGGACCGUUAACGUGGACCUGGACCCCACACAGGGACCGUUAACGUGGACCUGGACCCCCCACAGGGACCGUUAACGUGGACCUGGACCCCACACAGGGACCGUUAACGUGGACCUGGACCCCACACAGGGACCGUUAACGUGGAACUCAUAUGCAGAUGAUGGACUCACCGAGGGCUGAUGAACUUAGCGGCAUGUCGGGGGCGUGUGAUGGACGUGUCCAGCGUGGCUGUCGGAGCGUCAGGACUCAGAGCUGCAGCUCCAGUCCAGCGUCCGUCCUCCAUGUCCUCCAUGUCCUCCAUGUCCUCCAUGUCCUCCAUGUCUAUGUGGACCGUCCUGGAUCCACCUGUGAAGAACCAGCGCUCAGGUUCUCUUCCCCAGGAGUCAGUGGUAGAAAGGUGGUCUCCAACCAGGACUAGUCUGCCCCCCCACCCCCACCCAGAGGCCACGCCAGCAAAUAAAAGAAACUACGAACUUUUAUUGUCUUGUUUUGUUUGUUUUUUGUUUUUUUGUCGGCAAUAUUUUCAUGUGUUCUUCAGAAAUGCAUACAAGUUGAACUCAUGUCAUGGAAACAGGUGUGUGUGUGUGUGUGUGUGUGUGUGUGUGUGUGGGGUUUGUGUGUGGGGGGGUCACUCCAGAGGGACAAAACGUCAUAAUCGUAGAUUACUAAUGACAUAAUUUGUGAACUUUUGUAGAUAUUCCAUAUUUUCUAUUUUGAAAUAAAUGAAUUGGGUGAUGAGAACAAAUGAAUUUAAAAAAAAGAGAGAAAAGCCAAAGUUGAUGCAGAUCAGUUCUACUCUCAUUCUCCAACGUUCACCCUCCUUCAUUUGGAGUAUCACCGUGUUCCACAGGUUUAUUUUCUUAUCAGGAUCCAGUCCGUGUUUGAAUGAACACUUUUGUAUUGCACUGUAAAA